AUGUUGUCGAUAGUGGUUUCCCUUUUGUUCCUAUCCUCAACUCUUUGUCAGCAGCAACCAUGCGAUCCUCGAGACCCAAACUGUGCCAAUACGUUCCAGGUCCCCGGAAACAGCUUUAGUCCCAACAUGGCUUCUGACAUACCCUUCGCUACCGGGGGCGGGAGUGGUUUUUCAAACGCUCCUAACACAUUUGAUACAGUCGCUGUCGUUGGAUUCGACAGCGGAAUGCCUUCAGGAUUCGACACUGGUCGCGGAGUUGCACAGAUCCAAGGCCUCGACGUUGUGGGACAACCGUUUGAUGUUCAGACAGAUUUUGGAACAGUUCAGAGGGGUGUUGGUAUCAUUGAAACCAGAGCUUUCGAUAAUGAUGAGAGCCAAACCAUCAUUGUUGACCCUAACUUCCAACCCAGAAGACCCAUGGAUCAAGGACCGACGAACAAAAAUGUCCAAAACUUCCAGCCAAAAAUGGACAAGAAAAUGGACGUCUUCCCAGGACAAAUGGAUAAAAAGGUAGACAUGUAUCCUGGUAAGUUCGACAAAAAAAUGGAUGUCUUCCUUGACAAUAAGUUUCAAGACAAGUUUCCAUCCAAUUACGACAAAUAUCCAGUAGACAAGUAUCCCAUGGAUAAAUAUCCUGUUGACAAGUAUCCAGUGGACAAAUAUCCAGUUGAUAAAUAUCCUGUUGACAAGUACCCAGUGGACAAAUAUCCAGUUGAUAAAUAUCCAGUAGACAAAUAUCCAGUUGAUAAAUACCCAGUCGACAAGUAUCCAGUUGAUAAAUAUCCAGUAGACAAGUACCCGGUGGAUAAAUAUCCAGUAGACAAGUAUCCAGUGGAUAAAUAUCCAGUCGACAAAUAUCCAGUUGAUAAAUAUCCACUCGACAAAUAUCCAGUUGAUAAAUAUCCACUCGACAAGAAUCAGGUGGACAAAUACCCAGUCGACAAGUACCCAGUUGAUAAAUAUCCAGUGGACAAGUAUCCAGUGGAUAAAUAUCCAGCAGACAAAUUACCAUUGGAUAAAUAUCCAGUAGACAAAUAUCCAAUCGACAAAUACCCAGUUGACAAAUAUCAGCCAAAAUACGACAACACCUUGGAUCCAGGGAAAUACGACAAGUAUCAAAAUUAUGAAAAAGUCCCAGAUAUUUAUCCAGCAAAGUUUGAGAAAGGUAUAGAUACUUUCCCAGCCAAAAAUGACAAAAAGGCUUAUGAUAAUAAGGUGGAUGUUUUCCCCAAUAGGUAUGACAAGAACGAAAAUUAUCCCAUGGUCGACAAAGUCAUGAACAUCUUGCCUGGUAAAUACGACAAAAUGGCCGACAAUUACAAACCCAUGGAUAAGUAUCAGCCAAAAUACGACCAGGUCAUGCCAAAUAAAUACCAGAAAGGUUCCUACGACAAAAAGUACCCCUCCAAAAAGUCAUACGACAACAGUAAAUACAGAAGAAGGUACCAGAAGAAGUACGAUUACAGCUCCAAGUACCCCAGAAAGUACGACUACCCGGAGCCCACCCGCCGCCCAGUGUACAGGAGGCCCGUCGUGUCCGAUCCAAACCAGGAUGAGUAUAUCGCUACCCAGCCCGCCAUUACCAGGCGUAGAAACAACCGGCGCCAACGACCACGCCGCCCCUCCCGCAGGAGGUCUGGGUAUUAAACUCACGGAUCUCUAAAAACUGGAUGCCUCCUACUCCAUUUUUGAUUAACCGACGCCAACAGCUUCCGGUCCUGACGUUGAGAUGGUCCCCCAAUCACGACUUUACCUUUGUGUGCUUUUUGUUUAGAAAUAAAUGACA